CAUCACUUGAUCUUCAUCAACCCCUAGCCCCUUCUACACUGCUGAUUUUUGAGACCAAUCACUCAUGCCGAGAUCAGACGCAGCAGCGAUCGUCAAUGCAGCGGCAGUGCAGGUCGACCACGUCACCACAGCGAUGGAGCGCGAGGCCGCGCGCGACCGCCAGCUGGCCAGAGCAGGCACCACUGCAGUCGCUGCUGCUCCGUCGCACGCGGCGGCCGACGAACGCGCGGCGCUCGAGGCAGAGAUUGCCCAGCUGCGCCGCGAGAUUGCCGGAAUGGAGCGAGUGCUGCUCGACCAGGACGACGCUGCCGAGCGCGAUCGCCAGAGCAACAUCGAAGCAGUCAUGCAGCAGCUCCUCCGCUCGAGCAACCACCAGCUGCAGCGUGAACUCACUGCCGAGAUCAGUGCAGCAGCACAACGGCGAGAUACUGGCCACGACGGAAGCGGCGAAGCUGGCUCUGCGUCAGUGCUUGGACUGGGACAGUUGAAGGCGCUCGCGACGUUCACGGGAAUCACGUUCCAGCAAGCAUCGAGUGUCGUCGAGCCAGACACAGAGCCAAAUAAGUGGUGCCGAACAUACUCUCUGCGAGGCACUUGCCAUGAUCUUAGCUUUGACUUGACGUUCCGAGUUCUCGAGCCAGACAUGGUGAUUAGCGACCUGGCGGUCGAUGUGCCGGAGGAGGCGCGUAUAGAGUUGCGAGAUUUUCUCGAUUCAGUCGAAAAAGAAAGGUCGCUGCAGGCGUUCUUCCACGGAUUUGUUCAGUACGCCGAGUGGAAUGCGCAGCGCCAGGUCUUGUUUUAUGCAAUGUACGAGCGCUAUCCAGCACAAAUCACCCUACCACAUGGAGUUCGAUGUGGUCCAGUAUUGAAUAUCAAGCCGUUUCCAGCAUUCAAGUUUGCUGUUUCGUUGAUUUGGAUUAUGACUGUGCUUCCGAGUGGGCACGUACGAUGCACAAUUCAUUUACGGGCGCGCAAGACCGAUGAGUUGACCAAAGCCGACAAGGUCUCGCUCGACGCCCUUCCCGACGAAUUCCAGCAGCUCAUCCGAGCACGAGGGCUUCAAUCGGCCGUUGAGCAAGUAAUUGAGGUUCUCUGUGGUCCUGCAUGA